GGAAGGCUACCCUUAGAUACAAAGUCAGACUGGAACGAAUGGAUGACGCGAGGCUGGCACGGAAGGUUUACUUGUGGAGUGUGCAUGAGAGCAAAUGGAUUAAGAACUGCAUGAGAAUGGUUGGUGACAGUGGUAUGCGAGUCAGGUGGGUGAGCAGAGAGGAAGGGAGGCGUUUCUUUGAAUGGAAAAUGACUGACAGCAACAGUGAGGAUCUAGAAUGGGAUGCGAGAAAGUGGAAGAGAGAGAUAGACAGUGCAGUGAAAGGUGACGGUCUGAGUGAGGCACUGAGUGAGAUGGGCUGGGAUGUGAAUGGGAGGAUUGCAGGAACAGAGAGGGAAUGGAUGCUGCUGCUGCUGGGACUGAGUGAUGAAGCAAAUGAUAGAAUUAUAGAAGCCAUGAAGAGUUUUCUGGAAAAGGUGUGGUAUGCAAGAAAUAGGGAAUUGGAAGAUGUGUAAUGGAUACUGCUUGUUUUGUUUAAUUUUUACAGGUUGUGUCGAUGCGAAGGCCUGACUCUCCAACGGGUCACCUGUACAGCAAGAGCAAGAGAGCACACGCCGCAUCCCUUCUGGCCCUGCCCAACCCUCUAAACCCCCUAAAACACCCCAGAAGAAGAAGACGACGAAGGCUCCACACCCACGGGCCAGCGCUGGGGACCUGCUGGCCAGCGACACCCUCAGCCCCAACACUGCCAGGACAACACCUCCACCACCGCCGCCGGGAAGUCUUAACCUUCUCAUGCAGCAGAAAGCUCUCACGGGCACGUCCACCCUCGACCACGACCACGGACCCUAGGCCGCCGGUGUGUGGAGGAAAAGAGAACAAGGAAAGAACGAGGACAACAGCAACACACUCAGCUUCCGCAAAGGUUGGGGCCGCCUCACCUGCAGGGCUGGACAGCAGCAUGAGUGGCCAGGACAAGCAGGAGCAGACUGCUGCAGGGGGCAGGAGGGUCAGUGGUCACCAGAUGAAGCAACUGGCUGCUGGCAACUCCAGCAACAAAGGAGAGAGGAAGUUUGUGUGUCUGGAGUGUGGAAAAGAAUUAACCACAUGGCAUGGCCUCAGAUAUCACACCCUUACACACACUGGUGUGAAGAACUAUGAAUGUAAGGAAUGUGGGAAACAAUUCAUCCAGAAGAGUACCCUUGAUAGACACACCCUUACACACACUGGUGUGAAGAACUAUGAAUGUAAGGAAUGUGGGAAAAAAUUCAUCCGGAAGAGUGACCUUGAUAGACACACCCAUACACACACUGGUGUGAAGAACUAUGAAUGUAAGGAAUGUGGGAAAAAAUUCAUCCGGAAGAGUACCCUUGAUAGACACACCCUUACACACACUGGUGUGAAGAACUAUGAAUGUAAGGAAUGUGGGAAAAAAUUCACCCUGAAGGGUAACCUUGAUACACACACCCUUACACACACUGGUGUGAAGAACUAUGAAUGUAAGGAAUGUGGGAAAAAAUUCAUCCGGAAGAGUCACCUUGAUACACACACCCUUACACACACUGGUGUAAAAAGUCAUGAGUGUGAAGAGUGCGGGAAGAGGUUCAGUGUGAAGCAGGCACUCAAUCGACAUGUCUUCAGGCACUAUGGCCUUAGAGAGUUCAAGUGUGAUGUUUGUGGAAAGCUCUUUAAGACAAAGAGAGACAUUGCCAGGCACAUGAAGAUCCACUUCUGAAGUGUGUCUGCCUACAGUAGUUAUAGUGACCAAGAAGGACAAGCAGGACCCGGACGGUGACAUCAUUAUGAGGCUUGAGUACGGUCUCCUGAACUCCUCGUCCCUGGAGCUGAUUGAGCAACCCACGUGUACCUCCCCAGCCUAAUGGUGAGCCUGGCGCCGCCCCUCGUGGUCUUCCAGCCUCCUCACCAGUGCAUCUUCCACUCCUCCGAGCUUGUGUAUAACUUGACCAACCAGUGAUGAGAGCGUGUGAAGCAGUUUGCCAACCUGGUCCUGGCCCUCAUGAUGCUGUUCGCCAGGAAUAUAUAGCGGAAACAAGUUUUGUUCCCAGCUGUCCCAUGAAGGUCUCAGGCAGCAGCCAUCCCUCAUGAUGAUGCAGCUCCCCUCAGCCUACCGGGCGGCCGCUGGUGCUGGGAACACACCCACGCCUCCCCCAACCCAGCUGCAAGGGGAACUUGCUGAGAGUGCAACGAUGGCAGCCUAUAGACACCUUCACAGAGCGACUCACUGGGAGAGAGGAGAGAGGUGGCCGCCAGGAGGCAGACCUGUAUAUUGAAGACCCGUGGGGAUCCCUUUGUACUCCGGAGAGGCGUUCAUGCAUCACAGCCCCAGAAAUGAACACAGCUUUUAUUGUAGAAUAUAAUUAAAAUCUUACGUUGUAUAGAAUUCAGGAAAUCAAAAUAACUAAGAUAUUGCUUAUAUAUUUUUUCAUUAAAAUUUACACAGCCUUUUCAUGUGCCCAUUUCUUGAAACCAACACUGAUUAUGUAAACAUUAACUUAUAUCAAUGGAAAUAUUAUAAAUACCACUAAAUGCUAAUACAAAUUAUGUUAAUAAUAACCUGAACACCAGUUUGAUGGAAAAGCAGAGGUUAGCAUCCCUGACUACAAAUCUGCAGGCCUUGGUCCAAAUCCCGGCCCAGGCAGUCAGCAUGCAACCCACCCAGCUGUUCAUCCUUUCUUUCAGGAUGGUCGGUAAACGGGUACCUGGGGAGACUUGGGACAGGUAAACAGUGGGUAACACGGAUGUUGCAUGGGACCUGUGUUGGGUUAAUUAAUGGGUUCUCUUCUAGUUGUAUAAAAACAAAUAUAUUAUUCUUUCUGAUGCACAUCUUAAGUAAUACCGUAAAUUGUCUCUUUAUCAAUUUUGUUCUUGACCACUGCAUGCCUCCCUGGUGAAGUGUUGAGGGUGAAUUUAAGCCAUGACUAUCCAGGCUUGGGUCUGGAUUCCCGAGUGAACAGUUUGGGCACAGCUGUUCAUCAUCUCUUUCAGGUGGGUCAAUAAAUAGGUACCCGGGGAAGGUAAACUGGUAACCAAGGUGCUGCACUUGCCGUGUGUACCCAGGGUAAUGAGUUCUCUCUCAUCACAGGCUCAAAAGCUAAUGAGAGGUGAGCAAUGAUGCCGAGUGGUCAGCGUGUGGGCAUGGUAAGCCCGUGGUUCGAGUCCCACAAAAACACGCUGAUUUUUCAAGCCAUCGCCGAGUGGCAGAAGAUUACCCACAUGCUGCCCAGAUCCGCAGUCAACCCUAACUUCAGCGAGUUCGUUCAAGUGGAGCACUGGGGGGCAGCAUGGGCCAAGCAGUCAUACAUCAUGGCAGCCACUAUAAAUAGAAUUCACCUGUGCCACUA